AUGUCUGGGGACUACGAAGAUGACCUCUGUCGGCGGGCUCUCAUCCUGGUCUCAGACCUCUGUGCACGGGUCCGAGAUGCUGACACCAAUGACAGGUGCCAAGAGUUCAACGAACUUCGAAUCAGAGGCUAUCCCCGGGGUCCGGAUGCAGACAUUUCCGUGAGCCUGCUGUCAGUCAUCGUGACGUUCUGUGGCAUCGUCCUCUUGGGUGUUUCUCUCUUCGUGUCCUGGAAGUUGUGCUGGGUGCCCUGGAGGGACAAAGGAGGCUCAGCAGUGGGCGGUGGCCCCCUGCGAAAAGACCUAGCCCCUGGGGUUGGGCUGGCAGGCCUGGUAGGAGGUGGUGGGCACCACCUAGGAGCCAGCCUAGGUGGCCAUCCCCUGCUAGGUGGCCCACACCAUCAUGCACACACAGCCCACCACCCGCCCUUUGCUGAGCUGCUGGAGCCAGGUGGCCUUGGGGGUGCUGAGCCUCCAGAACCUUCCUACCUGGACAUGGACUCAUAUCCAGAGGCAGCUGUGGCCUCUGUGGUAGCCGCUGGGGUCAAACCAAGCCAGACAUCCCCGGAGCUGCCUUCUGAGGGUGGGACAGGCUCUGGGCUGCUCCUGCUGCCUCCCAGUGGUGGGGGCUUGCCCAGUGCCCAGUCCCAUCAGCAGGUCACGAGUCUAGCACCCACCACCAGGUACCCAGCCCUGCCCCGGCCCCUCACCCAGCAGACCCUGACCACCCAAGCAGACCCAAGCAGCGAGGAGCGGCCGCCUGCACUGCCCUUACCCCUUCCGGGUGGUGAAGAAAAAGCCAAGCUCAUCGGUCAGAUCAAGCCAGAGCUGUACCAGGGCACUGGACCGGGUGGCCGGCGAGGCGGCGGGGGCUCUGGGGAGGCAGGGGCACCCUGUGGCCGCAUCAGUUUUGCCCUGCGGUAUCUCUAUGGUUCUGACCAGCUUGUGGUGCGGAUCCUGCAGGCCCUGGACCUCCCAGCAAAGGACUCCAAUGGGUUCUCAGAUCCCUAUGUCAAGAUCUACCUUCUGCCUGAUCGCAAAAAGAAAUUCCAGACCAAGGUGCACAGGAAGACGCUGAACCCUGUCUUCAAUGAGACUUUUCAGUUCUCGGUACCCCUGGCCGAGCUGGCACAACGCAAGCUGCAUUUCAGUGUCUAUGACUUUGACCGCUUCUCGAGGCAUGAUCUCAUUGGUCAGGUGGUUUUGGACAACCUGCUGGAGCUGGCUGAGCAGCCCCCUGACCGUCCACUCUGGAGGGACAUCCUGGAAGGUGGCUCGGAAAAGGCAGAUCUUGGGGAGCUCAACUUCUCACUCUGCUACCUCCCCACGGCUGGGCGCCUCACCGUGACCAUCAUCAAAGCCUCUAACCUCAAAGCAAUGGACCUCACUGGCUUCUCAGACCCCUAUGUGAAGGCCUCUCUGAUCAGUGAGGGGCGACGUCUGAAGAAGCGGAAGACCUCCAUUAAGAAGAACACGCUGAACCCCACAUACAAUGAGGCCCUGGUGUUCGACGUGGCUCCGGAGAGUGUGGAGAAUGUGGGGCUCAGCAUCGCAGUGGUGGACUACGACUGCAUUGGCCACAAUGAGGUGAUCGGUGUGUGCCGAGUGGGUCCAGAGGCUGCAGACCCACACGGCAGAGAGCACUGGGCAGAGAUGCUGGCCAAUCCGAGAAAACCUGUGGAGCACUGGCACCAGCUCGUGGAGGAGAAGACACUGACCAGUUUCACAAAAGGUAGCAAAGGACUCUCAGAGAAAGAGAACUCAGAGUGA